AUGGCGUCUAAUAUCGAGGACAAGAACGCAGAGCCAAUAAACAAAGGCGAUCACGUUUGGACGCGGAUCCGUGGUGGUAGACACGAGGGAGACGUGGAGAGGAUUGUGACAACUGCAAAGGACGCCGAAAAAGAAGAAGUUAAGAAUCCUCCAAAGGUACUCUUCGAGGAUCAGCAUGGUCACCGGGUUGCGCAUAAUCCAGGGACUCUGGAGCACAAAUGA